CUCAAACUCAAAAACUUGUCAAGCAUGAACACUCGGCGAGGGGUCGAGGCAGAACAUGGCCACACCCACAUCCACAUCCACACCCACAUCCACACCCACAUUCACAUUCAUUGUCCCAUGUACCUCGAGUCAAUAAGCUUCAAGAGGGCACUCGAAGAUCGAAUCAAUUGACCACAAAGCGAAAGCGACUACGCGCAGAUCAGAGCCGAAGAGGCGCGCAUACUCGAGAUGCCCUUCACACCCAACGCCGAGUUGGAUCUAGCAUUCGACGCAAAGCUCAUUCCUCAGUCUGUCAUCGACGAACUGCCAGAUGAUCUACACAUCCGACCUCUCUCUUCGAGCGACCAUUCGCGCGGACACAUUCAAGUGCUUCAAGCUCUCACCACCGUUCCGGACCCAGGAGCGCAAGCCUGGUCAGACCGCUUUCGUUUGAUCCAAACCGCAUCUCCGCAAACCUAUUAUCCCAUCGUCAUAUUGGACAAGCAAAAGGAUACCAUUGUGGCCACGGGGACGGUGUUUAUGGAGAGGAAAUUCAUCAGGAAUUUGGGAGAUUGCGGACAUAUCGAGGAUAUUGCUGUGGAUAAGAAUGUGCAGGGCAAAGGAUUGGGCAAACGCAUCAUUCAAGCAUUGACAGGUAUCAGCGAUGCAUCGGGAGCAUACAAGACCAUCUUGGACUGUUCAGAGGACAAUCAACCUUUCUACGUCAAGUGCGGGUACAAGUAUGCAGGUGUAGAGAUGGCCAAGUACAAUGUCCCUUCCUCUCACUAGCCCAUGAAUCAGCACGAUCGCAAAACGACUCUCGCUUUACGA